GGAGAUGCAAUGGGGGAGAGAAAAUGCAAAAGGGCCGUUGAAAUGAAGUUUUUGUCCUUUUGGGGGUGAGCGAGGCGUGGAAGGAGGAGGAAUGUGGUGAAGGGGGCUGCGUGGUUUUGGGGUUCGGAGGACUCGAAGCAACAGCUGAAAAAACAGCAACUUUGGAGGCCAGAGAAAGCGCUGGGAGGAGGGAGGUUUCCUGGAAAUCUCAAGCCUGGAGGAGGCUGGAUGAACACCCCCCCCCCCCAAAUGUCCACCCGUUUCUGGAGAAACGUCCAUGGGUAUUUCCCACUCAGACUUCAGCCCGGCUCCACGGAGGCUGGACUUUCUCCUCCCUGCGGCCUGAGUCGUCGUGUUGUUUACCGUCGGGCCGAUGCCCUUUUUGCUUUGGGAGGGAUUUUAUUUCCCUGCAGAAUUUGAAUGUGCGGCUGGGUUUGCGGAGGGACCAGAAUGGAGGGGUGACUUUUCUGCUGCCCAGUUACCUGUUGCCACGUCCCGCCGCUCAAAAAAAUCUGCAGGGAGGGGAGAAGACGGAUGGUGGCCCCGAUGGCGUUUAAACAGGUGCAAAGCAACAUUCUAGAAGACUGAAGAGCGGAGGGCUGAGUUACCUAAACUCUUUUCCUGGAUUACACCUUUAUUUUCUAUCCGAAGGCAGGACGACAAAGGCAGUUUUGAUGUUUUGUGUGGCCCCUGUUGGACCUGGGCUCAUCAUGAAUGUCACAAAGGGUGGCCUGGUCCUCUUCUCAGCCAACUCCAACCCCUCCUGCAUGGAGCUCUCGAAAAGGAUUGCGGAGCGCCUGGGUGUGGAAAUGGGCAAGGUUCAGGUGUACCAGGAGGCAAACAGAGAAACGAGGGUGCAGAUCCAGGAGUCUGUGAGGGGCAAAGACGUUUUCAUCAUCCAGACGGUUUCCAAGGACGUGAACACCAUCAUCAUGGAGCUGCUGAUCAUGGUCUACGCCUGCAAGACCUCCUGCGCCAAAAGCAUCAUCGGCGUGGUGCCCUACUUCCCCUACAGCAAGCAGUGCAAGAUGCGGAAGAGGGGCUCCAUCGUCUCCAAGCUCCUGGCCUCCAUGAUGUGCAAGGCAGGGCUGACUCACCUGAUCACCAUGGAUUUGCACCAAAAGGAAAUCCAGGGCUUCUUCAACGUGCCGGUGGACAACCUGAGAGCAUCGCCGUUUCUGCUGCAGUACAUCCAGGAAGAGAUUCCGGACUACAGGAACGCUGUGAUUGUGGCCAAGUCUCCUGCCUCUGCGAAGAGGGCGCAGUCGUUUGCCGAGCGCCUGAGGCUGGGCAUCGCCGUCAUCCACGGAGAGGCUCAAGAUGCUGAGUCCGAUCUGGUGGACGGGCGCCAUUCGCCCCCAACUGCCAAAAGCGCCGCUGCCAUCCACCCCAGCUUGGAGAUCCCCAUGCUGAUUCCGAAAGAGAAGCCGCCCAUCACGGUGGUUGGAGACGUCGGGGGGCGAAUAGCCAUCAUUGUGGAUGACAUCAUCGAUGACGUGGACAGUUUCCUGGCGGCCGCAGAGACCCUGAAGGAGCGAGGCGCCUAUAAGAUUUUCGUCAUGGCCACCCACGGCCUCCUCUCCUCCGACGCCCCCCGGUUGAUAGAGGAGUCGGCGAUCGAUGAGGUUGUGGUGACCAACACCAUCCCUCACGAGAUCCAGAAGCUUCAGUGCCCCAAGAUUAAGACGGUGGACAUCAGCCUGAUCCUCUCGGAGGCCAUCCGCAGAAUCCACAACGGGGAAUCCAUGUCGUACCUUUUCAGAAACAUAGGGCUGGACGACUGACGGUUGCUUGCGGGUGGGCUGGAAGGAAAAGGAGAGGAAGGAGGUUUGGGGGUUUUUUUUAGGGGCCAAACUGGACACGGGACAGAAACCCAGCUGUGAAACUUUUUGUAGCUUCAUCUUUGUAUGUCGAUGAGAUUCCCCCCCCUUUUUUUUUUAUUUAAUUAGGUGGCUUUUACCUCCUCCC